UUCACCUCCACGCCAAUGGAAGGGCCUUAAGGCAUAUCAGACAUCAUCAUAGGCACCACGAACACGAAGGAGGUGACCAAGAUGUGAACGUUGACUCAAUGACCGGAGUCGGGGUACACACAAGAAAGAAUGGUGGCGGUCACACCGACGUUGACGUAGGGCCGACGAAUGGAAUUGGAGUCCACACAGGGAAGCCUGGAAGAGGAAAAGCCGACGUGAACGUAGGGAUGGAAGGAGUAACGGUCAAUGCAGGCCACGAAAAGAAGCCUGUUUACGUUAGAGUACAUCCCGGAUUUAAUCCAUUUGAUUAUAGAUAUGCACAUUCACAUUCUAGUAGUAGUAACACUUCUAGUUCUAGUAGUAACAAUUAUUCUAGCAAUAAUUCAGAUGAACAAUUUCAAGAAGAACCAGGCCGUUCAUUGUUUUUCUUAGAGAAGGACAUGAAAUUUGGACACUCGAUGAGAUUGCACUUCAAACAACGAACAAAUGAUGCCACUUUCUUACCAAGAGAAAAGGCGAAAACACUUCCCUUCUCUACAAACAAGAUUAUUGACAUCCUUCAUGAGUUUGAAGUCGAACCAAACACAGAAGAAGCCAAGGUUAUCGAGGAAACAAUUGAAGGGUGCAAGCACAAGGGCAUCCAAGGGGAGCAAAAGUAUUGUGCCACUUCCCUGGAGUCCUUGGUUGAUUACGCGAAAAACACUCUAGGGAAGAAUGUUAAGGCAAUGUCAACCGAGGCCAAAAUUAUUGGCAACAAGGUCAAGAACUAUACAAUUGCAGCAAAGAAGAUUGUGGCUAAAGAUAAUGAGGCCGCGGUGUGCCACAAGCAAAGGUAUGCCUAUGCCGUGUUCUAUUGCCACAAGAGUAAGGGCACAUCCGCGUAUAAGGUGACCUUGAUUAGCAAGGAUGGAUCAAAGGCUAAGGCAAUGGCUAUUUGUCAUAAAGAUACAAGUGCUUGGAAUCCACAACAUUUGGCGUUUCAAGUUCUUAAUGUCAAGCGUGGAAGUUGUCCUAUUUGCCAUUUCUUGCCUGAGGAUCACAUUGUAUGGAUAUCAAAUUAGACUAUAAUUAACGUUAUUAGAACGUAGUUUUUUUUUUUUUCUUCCUUUUUUUCUAUUUGAAGAUUUAUAUGUACUUUUGAUUUGGAAUUGCAUUUUUUUUAAGCAUGUUUACAACCUAUAACUUGCCUAGUUAUAUGUGUAUGAUGAUGAGACAAGAGUCUCUAUGUAAUAACAAAUGUUUUAUUACUUUCAUUAUAUUCUUUCUCAUAUAUGUUUAGACUCAUGUUUAUACCUUGUCUCUCCAAAAAUUCCCCUAAGACGAGCCAAGAUGUACCCAUUGUGCCAAUUUUUUUUUUUUUUGGAUGUAUUUUUGGUGUCCGUGACUUGUGCCUUAGCUUGUUGCCCAUGACUUGUUCAAGUUUCAACUUGCGCCUAUGCCUAGGCCUUGCCGAGUAGCAAGUUUAAACACAACAAACCCUAACACUAUUUUUAAGGGGUUUUAAUUUUUUGGGUGUUUAGAAAGCUAUUAGGACGGGUGAUGAGAUCGAAUCAAUUACAUGAUCUCCUAAAAUCGAGAGGAAAACUCUGACCAAUAACUAAAUUUUUCCUCGCUCUCACUGUCUGAAAUUUUUUCUAUGGAGGCGGAUGCACGAUGCUCCGUGCAUCCGUUUUCUCUUUAAAAACGCGGAAUGAA